GGUGAAAUAAUUUGUGUAGAAUAGGUUUAUUUACUUUCAGCAAAUAGGUCGUUUUCUUGUAUACAUCAUCUAGCUCCUAUUUAAAAGAGAUCAAUUACUUGCAAGAAAUAAUCUUUGAACACAAACCUCCAUUAGUGAAACACCCUGUAUUGUGUGAGUAGGAAUAAAUCGCCAUAAAUUUUUACUCCAAUUCUUGACUCUUGUUGUGGGCGCUUGCUUGUCUCCCUCUCUCCACUGGUCAAACCUAAUGUGUAGACAGCGACGCUAAUUGGCGCUCUUACUUUACACUUCACUGGCCCCCCAAUGAUUCACAAUAAUUUUGUGUCACUCUCCUAUAAUUACACUGCUAGAUCUGGAGAUUCCACCACUUAUCUUGAUGCUAAAGCUCAAGACAGAAAGCUGUCUCCUUUUCGAGCCCCCAUGUUUAUUUUCUGUUGAUCAAGAUUAUUACCCUUUUUGUUUAUUCUAAUCAUUGAUUUGAGUUUCCAUCCAAGAUUGCACCUUUCAGGAUAAAGCAAUGCUUUAGUGCAUUCAUUUCGAGUAUUCAUCAAUGGCUAUUGCUCUCUCUCUGUUUUUGUUGGUGUUGGCUGCAUUUCCGCAAGUGAGAUCAGGUGAUGCUGAGGCUCUGCUCUCUCUCAAUGACUCCAUUGAUCCAUUGGGAUUGCUGCAAUGGCGGCAGGGGAUGGAUGUGUGUGAAUGGGAAGGUGUGAAGGAAUGCCUUAAUGGGAGAGUGAUGAAGCUUGUGGUUGAGGGGUUUAAUCUGAGUGGGAGAUUGAAUGGGGGAAGCCUUAAUCAGUUGGAUCAGCUGAGGGUGUUGAGUUUCAAAGAUAACUCACUUUCUGGGGAAAUUCCAGAGCUUUCUGGACUUGUGAAUCUCAAGUCUCUCUUCCUCAAUGACAACAGAUUCUCUGGCGAAAUCCCAGUUGGUCUCUCCCGCUUGCAUCGCCUCAAGGUCGUCGUGCUGUCUGGUAACGAGUUAUCCGGUCACAUUCCUCGUUCAUUGCUUGACUUGAGUAGAUUGUAUGAGCUAUAUUUGCAGGAUAAUCAAUUGAGUGGUGGUGUUCCUCCAUUUGCUCAAAAUAGUUUGAGAUUCUUUAAUGUGUCUAAUAAUCUGCUCUCUGGGGACAUCCCCAAAACUCCUGUAUUGGUUAGGUUCAAUAGUUCCUCGUUCGUUGGUAACACUGAUCUGUGUGGCGAACUGAUUCAAAAACCGUGUAGUGUUAGUCCAUCUAGUAGUCCAUCACAUUCAGUAGCACCCCAUAAAGAUUUAGGGCACAGUAAGAGGAAUAAGAAGCUUGUUUUGAUCAUUGCAGUAAGUAUAGGAGGAUUUGCCUUGUUAUGUACUGCAAUCGUGCUUCUAAUCGUGUGUUGUAGGAGAAGGGGGAAGGGAAAGGAGGAAAGCGAUAAGGUGGUUGCAGGAGGGGUGGAUGAGGGGACACCUAGUGGUGUUGGUAGGGAUGAUAGUGGUAGGGAGCAAGGGAGAUUCUCGUGGGAUCAAGGGGGAGAGGGGCUUGGUGUUUUGGCAUUCCUUGGGCCCGGUGACCAAUUGAUGAGCUAUAGUAUGGAGGAUUUGUUGAAGGCCUCAGCUGAGACGUUGGGGAGGGGAACGAUGGGGAGCACUUAUAAAGCAGUGAUGGAGUCGGGGUACAUUGUGACCGUUAAGAGGCUCAAGGAGUCAAGGUACCCUAGGAUGGAGGAGUUCAGGAGGCACAUUGAGAUUCUUGGUAGGUUAAGGCAUCCUAAUCUGGUCCCCCUCCGAGCCUAUUUCCACGCGAAGGAGGAACGCCUGCUCGUGUAUGAUUAUUUCCCAAAUGGCAGCCUCUUCACUCUAGUACAUGGAACAAAAUCUGCAGGUGGUUCAAAGCCUCUGCAUUGGACAUCAUGUCUGAAAAUCGGAGAGGACUUAGCUGCCGGAUUGGUUCACAUCCAUCAAAACCCGGGCCUAACCCAUGGCAACCUCAAGGCCACCAAUGUUCUUUUGGGGUCCGACUUUGAGUCCUGUCUCACGGACUAUGGCCUAACCCCCUUUAGGAACCCAAACUCACACGAGGAGUCCGGGGUCUCCUCCCUCUUCUACAGGGCCCCUGAAUGUCGCGACCCAAGAAAGCCCGUGACUCAAGAGGCUGAUGUGUACAGCUAUGGAGUCCUCCUGCUGGAGCUGCUGACUGGAAAAACUCCUUUCCAGGAUCUCGUCGAGGAGCACGGCUCGGAUAUACCUAAGUGGGUGAAGUCGGUCAGGGAGGAGACGACGGAGUCUGGGGAUGAGCAUUCGUCGGGCAAUGAGGCGUCUGAGGAGAAGCUGAAUGCUCUUGUCAACAUUGCGAUGGCGUGUGUUUGUGUCGAAAGUGGGAGCCGGCCGGCCAUGAAGGACGUUGUGAGGAUGAUCAGGGAGGCAAGGGCGGAGGCACAGGUGCACGUGUCGUCGAACAGCAGUGAUCACUCGCCCGGACGGUGGUCGGACACGGUGCAGAGCUUGACAAGGGAGGAUCAUUCAAGCAUAUGAGUGAACAUGAAUGUGAUGGUUUGGUUUCAUGCCAAUAUAUACAAUGAUGAUUUUGUGUAUUCUUUCGUUUCUCCAAAAGUGUAUUUUUGAGGUUAGAUUAUAUUUUUAUUUAGUCAUUGCUCUUUGGCUUGGGAUGUUUGGCUUUUUAUAAAUGGUUUGUGACGUUUGGAAUACAAGACAGUCUCCUUUCUAUU